AUGUAUGAUCGCUCUGAUACCAUAUUGAAUUUGAUGUUGAAUGAUUAUGUAAAGCAAGAACAAGCUGUGAAUAUGAAACUUGAACAAGAGUUUCAGAUUCUUAGUAAUUGGAUUCAAAAUAAGUUAAAUGGCAGAAGUGGGAGCAAGAAAUCAAGCUUGAUUUCAGCUACUGAUCACAAGCUACAAGAGCCUUUAUUCAGCGACAAGCAUCAUGGAUUGCUAGCUAUUGGGACACUAGGAAACAAAAAUUUGAAAGAUCAUCCUCCAGAGAGGAGCAUUAAUCUUGAGGGGAAUCCAUCUUCCUCCCAAGAUGAUCAUCUACAAGAAUUUACAUCUGAAGAAUUGGGAAAGCUUCAGAACGAGUUGAACUUAUUAUUGCAUUGCUCUGUAGAAUCGGAAGCGAAUAAUCAUCAUCAACUGGAUAAAUCACUAGAUAGAGAGUCAAACAGCAAAGAUAGUAGUAUCCAGCGAAGCACCAGCAACAUCGUACUAAAUAGUACUGGGAAAGAUGAUGUUUGUUUGGAAAAUACUAAGGGUGGCAUUGGCAAAAAAUCAUUGUCUUUUGUUCUUAAGAAGAUGUUUGUGUGCAGAAGUGGAUUACCACCUGCUCCCAGCUUAAGAGAUCCACUCACAGAAUCAAGAAUGGAGAAGAUUUUGAGAGCAAUACUUCACAAGAAGAUAUAUCCCCAAAGUUCUAGCAGUGCAGCAUUGAAAUACCUGGAGAACAGGCAUAUGCCAAAGUCUUCUCAUGACGAGGAUGAUGAACUGAAUUUUAAGGCCGACAAUGGAAGUAAAUGGGUCAAGACAGACUCUGAAUAUAUUGUUCUAGAGUUUUAA